AUGAGAGUUGUCGUUCAGCGUGUUCUGGAGGGUGCCGUAACGGUUGGUGAGGAGGUUGUUGGUAGUGUUGGGCGUGGAAUUGUGGCGUUGGUGGGCAUACACCACGAAGAUGAUAUGAGCGAUGUGGACUACAUUGCCCACAAACUGCUGUCGCUUCGCAUAUGGCGUAGUGAGGAUGGGCAGAAAACGUGGGACCGUAAUGUGAAGCAGGUGGACGGCGGAAUUCUUCUCGUGUCACAAUUUACUCUCAUGCACGUACUUAAGGGAAAUAAACCCGACUUCCACCUGGCAAUGAAGCCAGAGAGAGCAUCUGAACUGUUUAACAACUUGCGUGAGGCUCUUUGCAGGGACUAUGCGGCUCACAAAAUAUCGACAGGGCGAUUCCAAUCCUACAUGAAUAUCAAUAUGACCAACGAUGGCCCAGUGACGCUUGUGCUGGACAGCCGAAAUAAGUGA